CGCUCUCGGGCGUCCGUGUGUGAUGUAUAAAAUCAAAACGCGCGCUUCCGUUGAACAUUCUCUUCUUGUAUAUCAGAAGUGAUUAUCGAUAUCUGUUUGCUUGUUUUACAACUUUAACAUGUCUGCAAGUCCUAAGAAAGCACGUUCUCGUUCAAGAUCCAGAUCCAGAUCAAGGUCAAGAUCUAGAUCGAAGUCAAGAAGCCCAAGUCCUGGUGCAAGGAAAGCGGCUCGACCAAAGAGCGCCAGACCAAAGGCAAAAAGAGCAGCCAAGUCAGCUAAACCUUCUGCACAUCCUACAUAUCAAGAUAUGAUUAAAGCAGCCAUCGUUGCACUGAAAGAACGAGGAGGAUCUUCCCGUCAAGCUAUCCAGAAAUACAUUAAGGCUAACUACAGGGGUGUUGGCGAUCCAGGACCACACCUGAGAAUGGCUCUAAAGAGAGGAGUUGCUGCUGGAUUACUUGUGCAGUCAAAAGGAAAGGGUGCAUCUGGUUCGUUCAAGCUCGGACCCAAAGCCUUGGCUAGAACAGAAAAGAAAAAGAAGAAGAAGAAGGCCGCUAAACCCAAAAAGAAGACAACACCUAAGAAGAAGAAGAAAGCGAAGAAGACGGCGGCAAAGAAAUCUACUCCCAAAAAGAAGAAAGCUGCAAAGAAAGCCAAAUCCCCAAAGAAAACUAAAAAGCCCAAGAGUAAAGCAAGAUCCAAGUCACCAAAGGAAGUAAAGAGAGCUACAAAGAAGAAGAGUCCAGCCAAAAGAAGACCUGCAAAGAAAGCAGCCAAGAAAAAAGCGUAGAACGUCUAGAAAAGAACACAAAACGGCUUCUUUAGAAGCCACCCAAAUACGAGAAAAGGUUAU